CUAUUGUUAAGUCGACUAUUUCGCCGUAACAAUAACACCUCUCUGUGUCUUCAUUUUCAGUGGACCCUACCAUGGCUUACUCGAGAUAUAUGGUCGCCGUAGCUCUGUGGGCGUGUCUCGUGGGCGCCUUUGAAGCAGCGGCCCUUCCUGCUGCGGGACCGAAGGCAGACGCAGAGGCAGAGGCCAAAGCAGAUCCGUUUCACCUCGGCUUGGGUCUGCCGCUUCUUGGGGGACUCUACGGAGGCUACGGCGGCUACGGUCUCGGUCUCGGUCUCGGUAGCCUGACUGGUCUCGGUUUCGGCGGCUUGGGCGGUCUCGGUCUCGGCGGGUUGGCGGGUCUUCACGGUCUCGGUGGUCUCUACGGUCUGGGCAACUUGGGUCUCGGCGGUCUCUACGGCCUCGGUCUCGGUCUCGGUCUGGGAUGGUAAAACGAAUUUCUUAAUGAAGAGAUCUACUCAACGCGUAUCAACUCAUUAUUACCUUCCUGUCUUGCUGGUAACUCAUAUAAAGCCAUUUUCCUAUUUUCCUGGAAGAAGAAAAAAGAA